CUUUUUCGGAUCCAAUACGUAAGCCCUAGGGUUUUAUGUUACGAAGUGAUAUAAAGUCUUCUCUCAGUCGAACCAGCUUCUCUCCGUCGGAACCAUCGCACCGCCUCGGUUCUCAAGCUCCGAAGCAGGUAAGUCAUGGUUAAACAUAACAAUGUUGUGCCAAAUGGGCACUUCAGAAAGCACUGGCAAAAUUACGUCAAGACCUGGUUUAACCAGCCUGCAAGAAAAGCUAGAAGACGCUUAGCUCGGCAAAAGAAGGCUGUGAAGAUUUUCCCGAGGCCAACAGCAGGUCCACUCCGACCAGUUGUCCGUGGUCAAACCCUGAAGUAUAAUAUGAAGGUCAAGGCUGGGAAGGGAUUUUCUCUUGAAGAACUUAAGGCAGCAGGCAUCCCAAAGAAAUUAGCUCCAACAAUUGGAAUUGCGGUUGAUCAUCGCCGCAAGAAUCGCUCGCUGGAAGGUCUUCAAGCUAAUGUGCAGAGGCUGAAGACAUACAAGGCGAAGUUAGUUGUCUUCCCAAGACGCGCACGGAAAUUCAAGGCUGGUGAUUCCACUCCAGAAGAGCUUGCAAAUGCAACUCAAGUCCAAGGAACUUACCUGCCCAUUGUAAGAGAAAAGCCAGCAGUGGAACUUGUGAAGGUCACAGAUGAGAUGAAAUCGUUCAGCGCAUAUGCCAAGCUACGAGUGGAGCGCAUGAACCAACGUCAUGUUGGCGCGAGGAUGAAAAAGGCCGCUGAGGCUGAGAAGGAAGAUAAGAAGUAGUGAGGCCGGUUUGUAUUUUGGUUAAAAGUAUGUUUUUGACGAGUAUUUAACGGGGUUAAUUUUCUCUGUGGGUACUUAACAUUUUAGCCAGACGAGAAGUUGAAAUUUGAAUGAGUAUCCUUGUGCUUUAUAGUUUCAUGCA